AUGGACGCCGCUGCGCCGCCGCCAUCCGCGCCGGAGGAGCCGCCAGCCAGGGACUGGUCGCUCCUGCCCCUCGACGUGCUUGCCUCAGUAUUCGUCAGGCUCACCGCAGUAGACGUCCUCAGGGGCGCCGGCCUCGUGUGCCGCUCCUGGCUCCAAGCCGCCAAGGUGCCAGACGUGUGGCGUGUCGUGGACAUGGGGUACCACAAUAUCAUGUUCAAGUACGACAAGAAGGAACGUGCUGACUUAUGCGCGAUGGCGAAAGCAGCCGUCGACCGUUCCGAUGGACAGCUUCGGGAGUUUGCCGGGAGGUCGUUUGUCACCGACGAGCUCAUGCAGUACAUGGUGGAAAGGUCACCUUCGCUGACUACCCUUCGGCUUGUACAAUGUUGGAAGAUACACUGUUGGAAGGUCUUUAGUGCACGACUUGACGGUGUUAUAACAAAGUCACCUCUGAGCAAGCUCCGGUCCCUUGAACUUGACAACAUUGACCUCCUCGUGGAAGAACUAAUCGCCAUCCUUGAGAAUUGUCCGGUCCUAGAGGUUCUUACGGUGCGUGAUUGCUUAGGGAUGGACGAGGAAGACGAGCCGGUCCUGCGAGCUAAGUGUGCCCGUAUCAAGACCCUGACAUACGACUGUGUUGGUGAGUGCAUUGGUGAAGACUGGUACGACUAUGGGUCUUGGAGCUAUGCAUGA